AUGCAACUCAAGGAAGAACUAACAUUGAUUCAGCAUGGAAAUCGACCGAUUUCAGAGUAUCUUCAUACGGUCAAAAGCUUGGCUGAUGAAAUUGCACUUAUUAAUCACCCCAUCUCUGAUAAUGACUUAACCCUUUAUAUCCUUCAUGGGUUAGGUCUAGAAUUUCAUGAGAUUGCUGCUCUUAUUCGAGCACGAGAAAAAUCCCUUGUUUUUGAAGAACUCCAUGAUAUGCUUGUUGGGCAUGAGAGUUACUUAAGAAGGAUGGAGGCUGCUGCAAACUUUACCAGCCACUACUUUGCCAACAAGGACACCGCCUUCUCUGUAUCUCAGCAAAACAGAGGAAGCAACAGAGGAAAUGGCUCUUUUCACCAAUCAGGACAACACUGCCCCUUCAAUGGCUCAUUUAGAGACCGCCAAUGA